UUAGGGGCGGCCCCCGCAGGGCCAGUCUCCAUGCUCAGACUGCCACAGAGAGGUAACCAUGAGGGGGCCCAGCAAGACGCCUGGAGAAGAAGAAGCGCAGGAGGAAGAGGCUGCUACAGUCGCUGGGCAUCCUGCAGGGGUCACGGAGGACAAGGCAGAUUCAGAUUCCGACCUGGAGACUGAAGACACCCGUGGACUUGGAGAGAUGGCUGAGGCUCCCCACUACUCGGGGUCUUGCUGGGCCCGCGGUGCUGGGCCUGCCCCCUGCUUUCUGCGCCAAGGGAGCUCCCCAGAGCUGAGCCUGCGACACCGUGGCCUGGGGCCUCAGGGGGCACAGGCUCUGGCUUCUGCGCUGAUCUCUAAUCCCCAUGUAAGGCGGCUGGACCUUCGGGACAGUGGGCUCCGUGGGGCUGAUGUGGAAAUCCUGGCACGUGCCGUGAGCAAAAACAGCAGCAUCUGUGAUGUGGACCUGUCGGAGAACCUGCUGGGAGCAGUGGCAGCCCAAGCCCUCUGUGCCUCCCUCACGGUGAACCAAGUUGUACAGAAGGUGCAGCUGGCAGGGAACCACCUGGAGGAGCAGGCAGCCCAGCACCUUGCUGAACUUCUGCUUGCCCAUACAAGCCUGAAAUCCCUGGACCUGAGUUACAACCAACUGAAUGACCAAGCAGGGGAGAUACUUGGUCCGGCCCUGGCAGAAAACACAGGACUCACCCAGCUUAACAUAAGCUGGAAUCACCUUCGAGGCCCAGGAGCCGUAGCCUUUGCCAAGGGUUUGGAGGCAAACAUCUUCCUGAAAGUGCUGGACAUCUCUCACAAUGGCUUUGGAGACCCUGGAGCCUCUGCCGUGGGUGAGGCACUUGCGACCAACAAUGUGCUGGAGGAACUCAGCAUGAGCAAUAACCGCAUCUCUGCAACGGGCGCCCUGAGGCUGGGCCUGGGCCUCCGGGUCAACCAGACACUAAGGAUCCUUGUUGUGUCGAGGAAUCCUAUGCAAAGUGAAGGCUGCUUUGCUGUUCUCAAGUCUGUCCAGGAUAAUUCAGCAUCUGCCAUAGAACUGCUGGAUUUCUCUAAUAUCCACGUGAACAGAGAGUUUGAUGACCUUGCUAGUUCCACGAAGGUAAUUCUCCCAGCACUUUGCAUAAAGACUGCUGCUCAUAGAGUGGAAUACAAAAAAGAGUUGCUGCCAGUGUCUGACCCUAAAUGACUACGGAGUAUGGCUUCCUCAUCUCCCAUCAGUCACUUCAGCUCUCAUGCUGAGGAUUCUGGCCGUUCAGAUGCCUUAUUGCCCCUUGAGUCUGAAUUGAGUCUCCUGUCAACCAGGUGGUAAGUCCUGUGGAGCCAACCUUCACCGUGACUUGAUACCCUGUGGCCCCUGCACUAAUUGGGACCUUCCUUUACCUUCACUCAACACAGACUCAUAUUAUGUGCUGCAAAUUGUGCUGGGCAGUGUGUCAAAGGUGCCCAAACAACCUUUUUCCCUGGUGCUCUACCUUGGAAGGCAAUUGAAAUGUAAGGAGGUAUGCAACUGAUAUGCCCAAAUUCAACGUACAGAAUGCAUGCUGACACAACUUUUUGGGAAGGCAAUUUAUUAUUAUGCACGCUAAACUGCCGGUGCCCUCUGUUCCAAUGGUCUGAUUAAUCUCAUCUAAGAAAUAACUAGAGAUGGAUACAAGGAUUAGUGCCCAAAGAUGUUCAUUGAAAUGCUGUUUACAACCAUGGAAACUGGAAAUGGUCUAAAUGUCCAAUAAUAGGGGAUUGGCUAGCUAAGAGGUGGAACUCUGGAAAUAGUAAAACCCCAGCAUGUUUUUACUAAUGUUACUAAAUGUUCAAAUGACAUUUAACAAUUUAUGAAAACGUACACGAUUAAUGCUAAGUGAGAAAGUCAGGAUAAAAGUCUCGCAUGGUUUGUCUGGAAAUCUUCAAAGGCUUAAACAUAGGGUUACCCUAUGGCCCAGCAAUUCCAUUCCUAUGGAAACGAAAAUAUUUGGUCCACACAAAAACUUCUUCACAAAUGUUCAUAGCAGUAUUUUUCAUAAUAUCCACAAGGUGAAAUUGCCCACCACCUGAUCUGUGGAUAAAAAAAAUAUGGUAUACCCAUAUAAUGAAAUAUUAUUUUGCAAUAAAAGGUAGUGACAUUUGGAGUGAUGAAUCUUCUAAUUUGAUUAUGGUAAUAGUUGCACAACUCUGUAAAUAUGCUAAAAAUUGAAUUGUAUGCUUUAAAUAGGUGAAUUGUAAGGUAUGUGAACCGCAAGUCAAUAAAGUUAUGUAAAAGAAAAAGGAAGGGAUGGCAGGUGACACAACAUGGAUAAACUUUGGAAACAUUAUGUAUGUGAGUGAAAGAAGUCAGUCACAAAGACCAUCUUCUGGAUCAUUCCAUGGGUAUGAAAUGUCCAAACCAGGAAAAAUCUGCAGCGACAGAAAGUACAGUAGAGGUUGCCCAAGGCAACCUUGGGGGUUGGAGGGUUGACAACUGGAAGAUACGGAUUUCUUUGUGAGAUCAUAAAAAUGUUUUAAAAUUGGUUGUGAUGAUGGUUACCCAACUCUGACUAUACUAAACGACAUCGAUUUGUACACCAUCUUACAUGGGUGAAUUGGAAAACAUGAAUUAUCUUGAUAAAGCUGUUACCAAAAAGUCAUAUUAUUGGAUCCAAACUGUAUUUUUAAGUGUGUGAAUGUAUAUACACAGGGGGAAAAAAAGGAGC